AUGGAGUGCGACCUUCCACAAGAAGAGGUACAGGCCUUGCUCUCCUUAUAUGAUAGAUUAUCUUCAUAUUUGAUUGAAAAAGAGGCCUAUGAGAGAGUGGCAACAUUAGAAUACAUAGAUGAAGAGUUUUCUGAUCACGAGGAGGAAGAAGAACCUAUCCGACUAGCUCCAGCAGCGUUGGAUGAUACUCCCCCGAAAGUCAGAGAUCCUACAGAAAAGGUAAACUUGGGAACAGAAGCUGAGCCAAUUGAAGUAGCAAUCAGCGAGAACUUGGAGCCGGAUGAAAAACAGAGGCUUAUCAACUUAUUACAGGAAUUCAAAGAUUGCUUUGCGGAGAAAUACGAAGAUAUGCCAGGUCUAGCUCCUGAGUUGGUCUGUCAUAAGCUGCCAACAAUCCCGGAUCACAAUCUCGUGAGGCAAGAGUCCAGGCGGAUGAACUCUGAGACCCAGGUUCUGGUCAAGGAGGAAGUCGAGAAAAUGCAUAAAUCUGGAAUCAUCAGGGUAGCCAAGUAUAAUCAGUGGCUAUCCAAUGUUGUCCCAGUUCGAAAGAAGAAUGGCAAGAUAAGGGUGUGCAUCGACUACCGCGACCUCAACAAUGCCACUCCCAAAGAUGUCUACCCCAUGCCGGUCGCGGAUAUGUUGGUAGACGCAGUAGCUGGUCACGAGCAAUUAUCUUUUAUGGACGGGACCGCCAAUUAUCACCAGAUUCCAGUGGCAGAGGAAGAUAGACACAAAACUGCAUUCAGAUGCCUAGGUUUCGCGGGAGUUUUUGAGUACGUGGUUAUGCCCUUCGGUUUGAAAAACGCGGGAGCCACAUACCAGCGAGCAAUGAACCUAAUCUUCCAUGAAAUCCUUGGAAAGAUCUUAGAGGUCUAUAUCGAUGACGUGGUUGUCAAAUCAAAGCAGCGAGGAAACCACAUUUCGGAUUUGCGGAAGCAAAGUGCGUAUUCGGAGUUUAGGGGGGGCGAUUUCCUAGGGUUUAUUGUACAUCAAAGGGGCAUUGAAGUGUCCGAGGAUAAGGCUAAAGCGGUGAUCAACGCCUCGCCCCCAAGAACAAAGAAGGAGCUGCAGAGGUUGUUAGGAAAAAUCAAUUUCUUACGACGGUUCAUCUCCAAUUCAGCAGGCAAGAUUCACCCUUUUUCUGCUCUACUAAAACUGCAAGGGCAAACAGAGUUUGUAUGGGAGGCGAAGCAUCAAGAGGCCUUUGAUCGCAUAAAGGCCUAUCUGGCGAAUCCACCAGUUCUUGUCCCGCCGAAACCAGAUCAGCCACUCAAACUCUACGUCUCAGCGGCAGAAACAUCAAUAGGCAGCUUGCUGGCACAAAAUGACGAAGAAGGAAUAGAGCAUGCAAUUUUUUACCUUAGCAGAACGUUAACGGAUUGCGAAACAAGGUACACACCAAUGGAGAAACUGUGUUUAACGUUAUACUUCUCUGCAUGCAAGCUUCGCCACUACAUGUUGUCUUUUACUACAUGCAUAAUUGCUCAGACCGACUUGGUCAAAUAUAUGUUGUCACGGCCCAUUCUCAGGGGCCGGAUUGGCAAAUGGGUUUUGGCUCUUUCAGAGUUCUCCUUACAAUAUGUGCCACAAAAGGCAGUGAAAGGCCAAGCCAUCGCUGAUUUUCUAGCACAUCAUCCCAUCUUAGAGGUCACCGAGAUUUGCGAACUAGAAGUCGCAGCGAUCACGUCUGAAAGGCCAUACCCCGAACCCGCGUCAGGUCACCAGGCAACUAUAAUGUUACAGCCUUGGGUACUAUACUUCGAUGGUUCCAGAACUGAAACCAUGGCCGGAGCCGGAAUCGCCCUGGAGAAUCCGGCUGGGGAGCACUUUUCUUAUUCAUUCCAGAUGGAGUAUCAAUGUACCAACAACCAGGCUGAGUAUGAGGCAUUGAUCAUAGGCAUGGAGAUACUAUUGGAAAUGGGAGUCAGAGACGUGCAAAUAUUGGGGGACUCUCUCCUGGUUAUUAAUCAGGUUUGCGGGAAAUACAGAUGCGGCAGUUUCGCGCUGAUUCAUUAUUUGAACAGAGUGUUGGAACUGGCAGACCAAUUUGAUGACGUGGGAUUUGAACAUAUUCCUCGCGAGUAUAAUGUCACCGCGAACGAGUUAGCCCAACUAGCAACAGGGAUAACUCUGAGAUUCGGCGUGCGCGAGAGGAUUCUAAAAGUUCAGCGUCGAACGCUUCCUUCAUGGAUGGCAAGAGAGGAUCCUCCAUACGACAUCUCAAUAGCAACUUUGGAAUCCAUAGAUUUGGAUUGGCGCAUCCCUUUGAUCGCUUACCUCAAGGAUCCUGAUCAAACCACAGACAGAAGGAUCCGUUUCCUAGCUCUCAACUACUUCCUCAGAAAUGAUGAACUUCGGAGGAGAGGUGAAGAUGGUCUAGAUUUCAGAUGUGUGUAUGGCAGUGAAGCAAAGCGACUCAUACGGGAAACACAUUCUGGUAUCUGCGGCGCACAUCAAGCAGGCCCAAAAAUGCGAUGGUUGCUCAGAAGACAUGGAUAUUUCUGGCCCAGCAUUCUGAAGGAUUGCAUCGCUUUCACGAAAGGUUGUCCGGAUUGUCAGGCCCAUGGACCAGUCCAGCAUGUUCCAAAUAUCCCAAUGCAGCCCAUUAUAAAGCCUUGGCCCGCGAGAGGAUGGGCACUAGACUUAAUUGGAAUGAUUCAUCCUCAUUUGUCGCUGCAACACAAAUUCAUCAUCGUCGCGACCGAUUACUUCACCAAGUGGGUGGAAGCAGAACCACUGAAGGAGGCAUCCGGUGGCACGCUACGACAAUUCCUGUUCCGGAACAUCAUCUGCAGAUUUGGGAUUCCAGAAGUAUUUGUUUCAGACAGGGGGGUAGCCUUCGUAGGUGGAGAAGUUGCUAAACUAGCAGAGGAGUGGGGCAUACAAUUCAUUCAUUCUAGUCCCUAUUAUGCACAAUCCAACGGCCAGGCAGAAGCUAGCAAUAAGAUUGUCAUCACUCUUCUAAAGAAAAUGCUGGAGGCCAAUCCACGACAGUGGCACGAAACGCUCUAUGAAACUCUCUGGGCCUACCGCACAUCUAAGCGGAGUCCUACCGCAGCAACACCAUACGCUUUGAUGUUUGGCCAUGAUGCGAUCCUACCUUUGGAAGUCAACGUCCAGUCAUUACGAGUUCAAGAACAACAUCAUCUCAUCGGAGAAGAUUACGUUCAGGCUAUGUGGCAGGAACAUGAGGACCUUAGCACAAAGCACUUGGAGGCUUUAGAUAGCCUGAUUAUGGAGAAGCAGCGAGUUGCUCUUGCCUACGAUAAACGGACACGAGGAAGGAGUUUCAGCGAGGGAGAGUUGGUUUGGAAAGCAAUUCUCCCACUAGGUGAAAAGUUACAUGGUCGUGGCAAGUGGACUCCCAGGUGGGAAGGCCCAUACGUUAUUUACAAGAUCCUACAGAAGGGGGCAUUUCAUCUCAAAGAUCUGGAUGGUGAUAUCCACCACAACCCCAUCAACGACAGAUAUUUGAAGAAAUACUUUCCUAGCGUUUGGGAUUCAGAGAAAUCAUAG